AUGCACAGACGCUCGUCUGGCUCGCCUGUUGAGGACGACUCUGAAGACUCGCUGGCUUCUCGCUCUGUCGCUGAGGAUACCCAUGCCCCCAAUGUCUUCGAGACGCCUGAGAAAUCGCGAGCGCAGGUAGCAAGAACAGGUACCAGCUUCGAUCUCCGACGAGACAACGGCUCGUCCACCCCCCGUUCGAGGAAUUCGAGCAUGUGGAGGAUCCCCUCGUCAUCUACUACUGCAACAACCGCUUCACUACAGCAGCAACAAUUACACCAACCGUCGCCGCCGCUUUCCUCCCACGACCCGAAACCGCCUGCCAUCAUGAUGCCAUUGGCCUCCCAGCGGCUGCCAAUGGAGGGAUCCCCCGAGGGCCGCCGCUUUCGACAGUCCCGCCUACGCAGUCCGUGGCUGUGUUCUAUCCUCACGGUUCUUACGACUUUAAUCGCUUCGUUCUUUCUCCUCUCUAUAAUUCGCUCGUUUUCUGCCCGUCAGGUCGGUGGGGAUGGUUGUGGGAUUCCCGUCAUGAGUCCGACGUUUAUCCGGAUGGUUGGCUUCGACACGGAACACACGCGCUUUGCCAGCAAAUAUAAUCUGUAUCUUUAUCGGGAGCAAGGUGUCGAUGCAUACAACGAGGAAGAUAUCGGAUUGAACGGCGUCCCCGUUUUGUUUUUACCCGGAAAUGCAGGUAGCUACCGACAAGUUCGAUCCCUGGCCGCCGAGGCUUCGAGACACUAUUUCGAUGUUGUUCGUCACGACGAGGAGCGCCUGAGGGCCGGAACCCGGAGCUUGGACUUUUUCAUGAUCGAUUUCAAUGAGGAUAUGGCCGCCUUUCAUGGACAGACACUACUCGACCAGGCGGAAUACGUGAAUGAGGCCGUGGCCUACAUCCUAUCGCUUUAUCACGACCCCCGACGGUCAAGAAGGGACCCCGGAUUGCCAGACCCAAGUUCGGUCGUACUUAUCGGUCACUCCAUGGGAGGAAUUGUCGCGCGCACCACACUCACCAUGGCGAAUUACCAAGCGAACUCGGUCAACACGAUUGUCACCAUGUCGGCGCCUCAUGCAAAACCUCCCGUAUCGUUCGAGUCGGAUGUCGUCCAUACCUAUAAGCAGAUCAACGAUUAUUGGCGUGAGGCCUACUCGCAGACGUGGGCUAACAACAACCCGCUAUGGCAUGUGACGCUCAUUUCCAUUGCCGGAGGCUCUCGGGAUACCGUCGUUCCCUCCGAUUAUGCCAGUAUCUCCUCGCUCGUUCCCGAGACGCACGGUUUCACCGUAUUUACUUCUACUAUACCGGAUGUUUGGAUUGGGAUGGAUCAUUUGUCCAUCACGUGGUGUGAUCAAUUCCGAAAGGCAAUCAUCAAGUCACUGUUCGAGGUCGUUGACGUCCGACGAGCGAGCCAAACGAAACCUAGAGCGGAGAGGAUGCGGAUCUUUAAGAAAUGGUACCUGACCGGGCUUGAACCUGUGGCAGAGAGGACACUUUCGCAGAAAGAACCGAAUACUCUUUUGACGCUUGAAGAUAACUCCAAUACAAUCCUCUCGCAAGGCCAGAGACUUAUCCUCCGUGAACUGGGCUACAGCCAAGGUCCGGACGUACACCUGCUGCCCAUUCCGCCACAAGGGGUUUCUGGGAAGAAAUUCACCCUUCUUUCAGACCAAUCUUUCGACAAAACUGGGGAGAGCGGCAACCUCGAAGUUCUCUUCUGCAGUGUGUUCCCACUCCACAAUGGAAAAUUCUCAACUGUAUUCUCGAUGAAUAUGGACCUUUCCGGGGGAGCUCCGGGAUCGACUCGCCUGGCCUGUAAGAAUGCUGCUGAGGAUGGAAUUCACCUGCCGGCUUCGACGGCCUCGUCCAAGUAUGCCUUUGACCGAGCCCAGCCUUUCUCGUAUCUUCAAUACGACCUGGAGGAUCUCGCAGAGCACCAGUUUGUUGCUGUCGUUGACAAGGCCAACUCACCUACACACGGUUGGGUUGUGGCGGAGUUCUCGGAUAGUUCCGACGCGGUGAUAAGAGCCCGCGUGGGCUUGGGUGGCCUGCUCAGUGCUGGACUGAAUAUGAGACUUCCUGCCAACCGUCCUAUGCUCACAGAAGUCAGGAUCCCGGCUCUGCAUUCCAGCUUGCUUGCAUACAAACUCAAGAUUAAUAGAAAAGGCCACAGCACCACCCAGGAAUUGUUUGCUCCGUUAUUGCGGCAAUCUAUCCCAGACCCUCACGAAUCUAAAUUCUUCGUCAAUGUGGACGAGGUCAAUGUGAACCUCCAUGGACUGGCGCCUUUCAUGCCCCCGCCUCUCCGCGAACAAGCAACGUUGAACGGUGUUUCCUUUCAGCUGUGGACAGACCCUAGCUAUAGCUCCACAGUCGACAUUUCCCUCAAGGUGGACAUUGCCAGUAGUCUGGGCGAGCUUGUCAUGCGGUAUAGGACAGUGUUUGCGGCGUUCCCGCUCCUGGUCGUUGCCCUUGUUCUUCGCAAGCAAUUCCAGGCGUACGACGAAACCGGGUAUUUUAUCACGUUUUCCGAGGGCCUGGACAGCGCAUUGCGGUCGUCUCUACCCCUCAUGCUGCUUGCUAUGUCGCUUCUGGCCUCGUCUCUAGCUACUUCAACAGCGUUGCCUGUGAGCGAUGACCCGUUUCAUUGGCGAACGAACUCGACCGAGACUCCGAUUGAUUUUACCAAGAACGACUUGCUACUGGGAGCUCAAGAUGCGUUCUUCUGGUUCCUGGUUCCUGUUUUUGGUCUGAUCAGUGUUGGAGUCUGCGUUAUCGUCAACUACCUCGCUCUCACUCUUUUGUCCAUUCUUUCAUUCAUCUAUGGGCUUUUACAUAGCAAGUCCGGUUAUAUCAGACGUGACGAUAGAGGGAACCUGCCUAUUUUCUCCGCGCCCACGCCUAGGCGGCGCAUGAUCAACACCGCUGUUCUCCUAAUUCUCGUGUCAACUGCAAUUCCUUACCAGUUUGCUUACAUGGUGGCCUGCAUCGUCCAACUGGCAACAUGUGUGCGGGCCCAAUGGCAUGCGAGAGAAACUCGAUCUAUGACGCAUAUCAACUUUACUAACUUUGCUCAUUCGAUCCUCAUCCUCAUGUUGUGGAUCCUGCCGAUCAAUGUGCUCGUUCUCCUCGUCUGGGCCCAUAACCUCGUCGUCCACUGGCUCAUGCCGUUCUCCUCGCACCAUAAUGUCUUAUCUAUAAUGCCGUUUAUCCUCCUUGUCGAAACCAUGACCAGUGGAACCAUGGUCCCUCGGAUAACGACUAGGUUAAAACAUGUCACGUCCAUAUUAUUAUUCUCUAUCGCCACGUACUCGGCAGUAUAUGGCGUUUCAUAUGCCUAUCUCCUUCAUCACCUCGCCAAUAUCCUCGCCGCCUGGUUAGUCGGCCUCUACUUUUUCAGCAGCGGCUUCUCCGUCCGGCGACUAUGGCGCAUUCUAGAAGGAGACGAUGCAGCCCCCAGCAUAUCCCAACCGGGAGGAAGCCACGUCAAGAAGAAGCCAUGA